UUCCAUUUAUAUUUAUAUCAGAUCGGCAAGAAUGUAAUAAGAUUAUUCAAGAGACACCUAUGGCUUUUUUGAUGGUAAUGGCUAAUGGCUAUCUAUUCAAAAAUUUCAAGGCCUCACCGUCGCAAAAACAACGGCUCAUUUUAAAAAACACUCAAAAUUCUUCUCCCCUUUCCCCCCUUGAAAAGGGUCGAUCCUACUCGACAUUCAUCCUAGAAAGUAUAAGUAUUCUCUUUUCCAAUUUUUCCGGGUUUCCUUUUGCCCUUCUCCCCUUUUUUCCCCUCCUUUUUGGGGGGCCAGGUUAUUUUUGAUUUGAUUUGUUUGAAUGGCUGAGAAAGCUACCCGACAAGGUGGAAGUAUCUCCC